UGGGUUGGGUCUCAGAGCUAUCUUAUUCACUAGAUGCGAGGAGACUGGAGGCUUUCUGGAGAAGGUGACAAGGACUUGCAGGCAGGGAGGGGGCAUUGGGUGUAUACUGACCUCCACAGGCCUCAAGUUUGGAAGCUGAGGCCACAGGAGUGCAGAGGCAUAUGCAGGAUCAGGGCUGCAGGGGCUGGUCUAUCCAGGCUCUUACUCCAUCAGGCACAGACCUUGCACGAGACUAGAACACAUUUGUGAAAUGUCUGAUACAAAGCAAGGGGUGUAGCGCUUGGACCUAGGACAAGGUGAAGCAACGUCCACCUUUCAGUCUACCAGCCCAGGAGGAGACAGCUGUUGUGAGGAAACCAGGCAGAUGCACAGUUGCUCCCUGGCUGGCAGCAUUUGAGACCUUCCCUGCCCCAGAUCCGUCUACUCCGACCUUGUUUCUCCCUUUCUCCACAUGAGUAUUUUUGGCAACUUGUGCCCCCACAAUUCCCAACAUCUGUGGCUCCCAAUUUAAGUCUGGUUAGUCUGCAAGGGAUGCUUUUUGAGCCCUCUGCAUAUGCCUAAUUUAUCCUGCGAAAAGCUGCAAGGGUCCUACAGCUUCCUCAAAGCUACAGUCGAAUGUGGACGUGGGGCAACUCUCACUUGCCCACCGUGGACACAGGGAACAGUGGUGGAAGGUUCUAUCUGACCGUGACGGGGUGGACCUGGUCCCUGCUCCCAGCUGCUCCUUAUUUGGUACACCCCUACACUUCACCCUACCUCUACCGCCAGCGCCCUACUAUCUGGGGCCAGUUCUCUCUGGCGAUCGCGGUCGCACCCCCGGAGGGAUAAGCCCCCGGCCCCUCGUCCCUCGCAGUCGGUGGACCCUUGAAAAUCACAUCCGGAAAGGGGGGCCUAGGGGCGGAGCGCUCCCCGGAGGAGACCGCGCCUUCCCGCCUCCCGCCCGCGGUGCUGCCGCCGCCAGCCGCCGAGCAGCCCCUCUCUCGGAACCCGCAGCGUCGCCGCACACUCCAGGCCAGCGGCUCCUGCAGGUGAUGACGGACAAGGGUGCCGGGGGCCCGGGAAGCGCUGCGCGCCCGCCGCGAGGCCCAGUGCAGGAGGUGGGCGCGCUCCGAAGCCCCGCAGCUGGGGCACGAGAAGCCGGGAGACCCGGGCACCCGGCCCCCACAGGCGGCCCCGGGACCUUCCCACCUGUCCCGGGGCGCGGGGAAGCGGCCUCCGCAGCGACUGAGCGGAGCCCGGGAAACGGCUUGGUCACGGACGAAGCCCCAGAAACCUGCGGCGCAGAAGGAUGGGGGGUUCAGGCGGGACCUGGCGGGAAGGCCGAGGAAGUGACGACGGAGGAGGGCGCCAUCUUCGUGGAGGAGGUGGAGAAGCAGCAGGCCCGAGAGGAGAUGGAGGUGGCGGAGAAGCUGGAGGUGGGAGCGCAGUCGCAGGAGGGCCCAUGGCCCCUGAACCUUGAGGGCCCAGUUGUGGACCCACUGGAAGCCAUCCAGUGGGUGCUGGAGGCUGUGAGUGCCCAGGCGGACAGGGCCUACCUGCGCCUUGAACGCAGGUUUGGGCGCAUGCGUCGGUUGCACCUGGCCCGUAGGAGCUUCAUCAUCCAGAAUAUUCCAGGCUUCUGGGUUACCGCCUUUCUGAACCACCCACAGCUGUCAGCCAUGAUCAGUCCGCGAGAUGAAGACAUGCUCUGCUACCUGAUGAAUUUGGAGGUCAGGGAGCUCAGGCAUGCCAGGACGGGCUGCAAGUUCAAGUUCUGCUUUUGGAGCAACCCCUACUUCCGAAACAAGGUGAUCGUGAAGGAGUAUGAGUGCAGAUCCUCCGGCCGGGUGGUGUCGAUCGCAACUCGCAUCCGAUGGCACAGGGGCCAGGAACCUCCUGCUCUGGUACACAGGAACCGGGACACUGUCCACAGCUUCUUCAGCUGGUUCUCACAGCACAGCCUCCUAGAGGCCGAUAGGGUUGCUCAGAUUAUUAAAGAGGACCUGUGGCCCAACCCCCUGCAGUAUUACUUGCUGGGGGAUAGGCCCCACAGAGCCAGGCGAGGCCUAGCAAGGUGGCCUACAGAGACCCCUCCUAGGCCCUAUGGGUUCCAGUCUGGCUAAGUCCUGCUUGGUUCCUGGCCCCUACAUAAUUCUCUGCUUGGCCUCCUGUGCACCUGUGCUUAAGCUGACAUUGGGCACUCUGCUGUCUGCUUUCUCUUCUGUGCACUCUGGCCCCCCUGGAGAGUCAGUGGAUGCAGCUCCAAGAUGAUGGCCUUUGUGGCCAAACUCUUCUGUUUCCAUGUGGCCUUCAUGCAUCAUGUGACUGUCACAUGCCAGUGUUUACCUAAAUACCCAAUGCUAUGGACAUGUACUGCCAUCAUCUUCAUGGCCUGCACCUAUCUUUGAUCAUGGCCCUCCCACCCAUUUUUGACAUGAGGACCCGUAAGUCAUCACUAGGAGGGCCCAUGCCUCUUAGAAGCCUCCCUACUUCAAAGCCAUGACAUGCAGGGCUUCAUAUUUAUGCUGGCCCAACCCACUGGCUAUCAAGCAGACUUGGACAUUCUAGGGCCUCAGGACCACAGGCCAGGCUUCCACAGGGGGAAGUGGUGGAAGGUUCUAUCUGACCAUGAUAGGGGGUAGGCCUGGUACUGUCAGGCACCUGGCAGAAUGGGCAUGCAGCCAGAGGGUGGUUGCUAGCCAUGGGUGAGGUCAAAGGCACUAAGCAGUGGCAAUACGUCCUUAUGAUCACGCUGUUCUUACCCCUGUGUUCGUCCUACUGCGUAGCCUGCUACCAGCUUGUGAAGGUCUGUAUGGUGCCCUGUGUCUGGCCAUUGCCCUUCUCAAGAGUUUUGCCUGGGUAGCCACCAACUUUGUCACCUCCUCUGAGGUCUAUAAGGACCUUAAGAACUGGCUGUGGACCCAGGCGGAUCACCUGUUAAUGCCCAAGAAGCAUGUGCUCAAGGCAGUGGCAAUGGUAUGGUCCUUUUUUAGAGGCCCAUCUUCCUGAGCCCUAGUCACUGGACUCACACAGAAUCCAGCUGAGAAAUGAAACAACUGAAGAAGCAAGGUUUUUAGACGCAGCUGGGAGACAGGCUUUCUUGUUAAAUUUGCCUCUGUCUCCAGCAAGGGCAGGUUGUGCUGUAGACAAGUCUGCAUUUUCUUUGUUCCCUCUGUUCCUAUGUCUCGCCCCCUUCAGCAAGUCAUGGAAUCUUCAAAGGGGGACAGUGCAGGACUCAACAGAGAGACCGGAAGGUCUGGGCUCCCAGGACAGGGAUGGUUCAUUUAGUUUUGUGCUGUGUUCUUUCAGACUAACUUCAGCCCCAGCUCUACUUCCUCCACCAGGCCCACACCCCACUGUGGGAUCCCGUAGGUAGAGCUUGGCUGCCCCACCAAGUUCCCCUCCUCAGGCUUUCAGAGCUGUCUCCAUGUCAUCCGGGGCGUGACCAUACUCAGGUCCCUUCCCAUGGGAGGCCUUAUCUUUUGCUCCUCAGGACCUGGGGAGGCCUUGACACAAAAUAAAAGGGCAGGUGCCCUCAGAAGGGGGGCACAGCAGAAGCCAGAGCCUGCUGGAAAAGCAGGGGUGGCUAGAGCCCUUGGGGUAGAGGGAGGAGAACACCUAACUUCCUAAGGGAGGUUCUUCCUGACUUUUUUGAUUCACCAAUAUGUGUUUAGACUUAGAACGCAGAACACUGCAACUUCAGAGGUUCUCUCAGUCCAAGUAUGACCUUGUGUGUGUAUAAAAUUAAUGCUGCAUGCUUUUCACUUACUUUUAAGUAAGAUUCUAGGCAUCCUCUGCUCUGUUUACACCCACUGGAAAAGUUGAGUUGUCCAAGCUGCUUGUUGCUUUUAGUUGAGAACAUUUACAAGAAUGUCAGUGUAAAUUUUCUGUGCUACUUGGAAAUUCAUGUGGCUCUUCAUGAUUGUUAUCAAGUUGCUGUACCUGUUAAAAUAAUUCUGUAUGUAGAAGUAGUUUAAAUAAGGUGGUUUUGUAGGAUUUAAGAUGGGAAAUUGUUCAAUGUUUGAGGAGAACCUUCAAAAAGAGAUCUGUACCUGCUGGUCUUAGUGAUUCUGUGCUCUGGCGGCAUGCUGUGAUUGACUGCUGAUGAGCUUCUCAACUGAGAAAUAUUCAUCAAGUGGCUUUGUCCAAUUAGAAGAGGAUUCAUGGCACUUUUGUCUUCUAUAUGCAUGAUGGAAAAAUAAAAACCUUUCAAUCUGCAUAAAAAAUAACUCAGAUCAUGUUAUUCCCCCAUCCAAA